AAUAUUAUAUUGUCAGUCAAAAUCUUAAAGAUGGCUGCUGUGUCUUCUUCGUAUUUCAGUGUUGUAUUUUACGUGAUUAAUAUAAAUAAAAGAAUCAAUGGACACGUUUGUUAGCUAAAUUUGAACGAGUUUCAUAUUGAUAUCUAAUAAAUAAAUAUCAGGUCGUACUGCAGUGUUACAAUUCGCCAUGUCUGUAGACAAGGCUAGUGAAAAAGGCAAUGAGAUCGAUAAAAGCAAACGUCGUCACAAAACUGACGACACUGUUGUUGCGACAGCAGUGAAAAACGUCGUUGAAGAUACUCAGCAAUACGCGAAUAUGGAAAAUUUAGAUGGAGCUGGAAAACCAACGGAAUUAUGUUUACAGGGCAGCUCUCACUUGAUUUCUAGCACAACCAGCAGUUUGGCUGAUACACCAGGAGACAGUGGAGUACAAUGUUUAGAUAGUGAAGCCUCGGAAGCGACGAGCCAAGCACUCAUGUCGCACAGUCUCGUAGGGGCUGAGGAAUUAGCUUGUGAUAGUCAGUAUGAUGCACCAACAUCUUGUUCUCAUGAUAUGAUUAGAAGUACCACAAGCAGUGUUAUGACUCGUAGCGACAUUGACAAUUCAAACAUUGGAAUUCCCGAUGACAUAGUUCCUGAGCUACUAGUUGAAACAAGCAAAAAGUCAAGCAUGUAUGAAAACUUGCCAGAUGUAGUUUUAAAGGCAUUAGAAAGUGAAAAGGUCACAAGUGAGGAAGUAAAAAAGCCUGCCUUGAGGACAAGUGAACCGAAGAAAUCAUUGUCUGAGGAUAUAGUUUAUAGACGUAGAUGUCGUAAGAAAUCACAAAGUGGGCCAAGUUCACAGAAAAAGAGAGUGUCAUUCCAUGAAGAUAUACUUAACAACACAAAAACUGACAACAUACAUAUUGAGCGUGGAUUUGUAUCAUAUGGUCCAGACAGCUCAUACUGUGAUAAGUUUAGACAAAAGAAUAUUAUGACAGAUAGGUUUUCAUGGUGUGCUUCCGGAGAUCAGACUCCCAAGUUUGCAGCUGAUGUUGCUCAACAGACUAUGUCUGAUAUUCUUACAUAUGGAGAUUCUAAAAAUGAUAGAAGUGGCAUUUUUGAGUACUGUCAGGAUGGAGAUAUCCAAGAUAACACUGACAAAGAUAAUAAUAAUGAAAGUAGGCCAACUGGGAAACUCUAUGGAUGUGAUUCAAAUAGUUCAGACUCUAAUUUUAGCUGUGACUCGGAAACAUCUUCCAGCGAUUCAUCAUCUUCACACUCCAAUUCUAACAAAACUGAAAAUACCCUUCUACGAAGAAAGUGUGACAAAGCACAGAAAUCAUAUUCAUGUGAUGGGUUUGAAAAUAAGAGCCAUGUACCAUUUAUGAGAAAGACUUAUUUCUCUGAGGCUGAUAUUGAUCAACCUCACGAUCGCAAAAAGAAACCUUUAGAAGUAUCCCAGAGUCCUAAUACAGUCAAAUCAGUUCUAAAGAAAAAACGUUACAUUAGUACCAAUGUAGUAGAAGAAAGAAAACAAAAUAAGAAAGUGUUGAAUUUAUUAGACACAAACAACAUCAUAGGUUCUUUGAAGAGUUUCUACAAAAGUUUUGAUUUUAAUUUUGCACCACAAAAAGGACUGCCAGAAACAAGUUUAGAAAUUAACAAUGUUGUUGAAGCAUUGCCAUGUGAUGUGAAUCAAAAUAAGAAACUAUCAAAGAGUCUGGAUUCAGGAUUCCAAAUAGAUGAUGAGGAUGACUUUGUAGAAAUAAACCUAAAUGGCCAGCCUUUACUCCCUGAACAAUCAAAGGAGGUAGCAGCACCGUCAAAAAAUUCUGUGAGUGGAGAUAGAACACCGAAGGAGGGGUCCCCUCGUCACAAACUUACAUUGAAUAUGAAGAACCAACUAGACAAGAAGAGCUCAAACAAACCGGAUGCCUUGCCACCUAUUACAAAAUAUGUUGUGAACUGUGAAAGUACUGUUUAUGAGCAUAAAGGUGUUUCCUACAGUUAUGUACAUGACACAUUUCAAACUGCCUUUGAUGCACCUAAAGAAACUUUUGUACCAAUACCGGAAUCAACCCCUGUAAAGGAGUUAGUACCAAGUUCAAGCAAGAAUGAUCUGAAUACAAAUAAAUCUGAUGUUGAAACUUCAAGUAGGACCUCAACCCCUAAACGGCAGUUCAACAAGAAUAUUCAAGAUGAAACUGAGCAGAAAAAUGGAAUUCCAAAACAUUUGUCAUCACCAAAAAAACAAAAUGUAAAUAGAUAUAGCAGAAAAUUGUCAUCCUCAAUACAGAAACUUAAUGAGGAGCCGGCCCCAGCUAAUAACAGUGACAACUGCUCUAACACAGAUAAUUCCACUUUGAGAGGUGCUGAUGAUUUCAAUGAUGACUUUUUCGAUAGUCCUGCAAACAAUAAACUCCAGUCAAACAAGUCUGCAAUGCUGAAUAGAUAUCUGAAAAAUGUUAGUCAGAGAAAGGACUUGGAAUUGAAAAUAAAAAACAACAAAUUCUUUCAAUUCAAACUCAGGAUGGAGAAGCAUUUCCCAAGGAUUAUUUACCCAUUUAAAGAUGUGUCAGAUACAUUCCAUUACUCGGCAGCUAGAAUGUCCCGGCUUAUAGAUAAGGAGGUGAUAGAGAACAAGAGGUUAUCUGUGCGUCUUCUCACUGCUGAUGAGCCAUCAUAUUUUGAUAGUUUCGAAGAUAAUGUGGCUAUGGAGUGUAAUGAAAAGUUGAGGCUCCAGAUUUUCCCAUACCCCAAUGAAACAUUACACAGGAUGAUGAAAGUACAAUCACCAUAUAAUAUGGAAGAUGGUUCAUGGUCACCCUUGCUGGUUUUCAUCACAGACUAUGCUCUGUAUGUGGCAAGUGUGAGACACAAUGGCACAGAAUAUGAUAUGUUAUGUCGCCUCCCACACAAUGAACUGGAUGCUAUAGCUGUGGGUCCUGACGGCCAAUAUAUUCAAAUAGUAGACGUGGCCGGUAACAUAGCCUGUUCUGUAGUAACUGCCGAGGCUUCGCUCGGAUCCAGACUGGCUUCCUCUCUGGAGUGGAGCGCGCGGAAUUCUCCGCUGCGGAUAUCGCGGCCGCCCGCCACGCUGCCGCUGCAGCACCGCCAGCUGGCGGCCGCUGUGGCCCGCCAGCGGCACGAGAGCCGGGUACCCCAGAUUCUGUUCUACGGUCGCGCGUGCUCCGGCGACGCCGGCGACCGCCUGAUCGAGGCGCCCGGUGCCUUCGCCCCGCCUCUAGAGGGAUACCUGAUGUGUAGGACCGACAAGAGUAGACGCUUCGAGCCAUGCUACUUCUUACUCAGGGCCGGCGUCCUCCACUGGGGCCCCCACCCGGCCGACGGCAGCCCCCUCCCCAACAGCAUAGCGCUGCGGUCGGCGCUCGGCGUCCGGCGACACGUGGACGCGUCCCGUAGACCCCACUGCUUCGAGAUCGCGAUGGAGUCCACGAGACUACUGCUGGCUGCUCCGGAUGAUCCUACAGCCUCGUCGUGGUUGCAAUCCUUGCUCUUACAUGCUGCUCAGGCGUUGGAAGAAAAAGACGGUGCCAAGAAAGUAGACCCCCUGUCUGGCGGGGUACCCGCCGCAUGUACCGUGCUAGUGACGUCACACGAAGUGAUCAGCGUCCGUGACACGCUGGACGUGGCGUUUGUGCACGGAGCGGCGCCCUAUCUCAAGGAGAGAGGGUCUGACACUCUGCUUAGAGAAUAUGUGGAGGAAAUGAGGACAGACGUCGAAAUCCUGGCUUGUGGCUCCAUCAAAAACCUGACUGCGUUCAAAAUACCCGACACGGACGAGAAUUGGUGUUGUCUGGAGUGGAGCGUGUGCGAAGCUCGCGAGCGCGGCGCGGGGCUCGCGCUGGUGUUCGCGAGCAGCGCCGAGCUCGAGCGGUUCAUUGCGGCCGUCGAGAGGGCCUACAGCCUGCAUACUUGCGAUCCAUUUCCGCUGAGCGUAGUGGAAGCGAGUAAGUCCGCGUGCAGCACUGCGCACUCCAAAUACGAGGCCGCAUGGAUGCAUAUGCUGCCGGCUCAACAGUAACUAUACAAUACUGCUCACUAAAGUAAGUUUUUUCUUACGAGGCCUAACAUGUAAACAAUCUUCACAGCACUUUUUGAUCAAUUUUAUUAAAAGUUCCACGAAAAACUUACCUUAUCUAUAAUUAAAAUGCAUCUAUAAUUAAAACGUAUAACCACGACAGUGAUUUUGUAAAAGUCUUUUAUAUUGCUAUAAAAAGAUACAAUUGUUUACAUAAUAACUCGUAAGAAAAACUAACUUUACACGACAUUGAAGUAAAACCUUUACAUUCAAGCCUCAUGUCCACUAAGAAACAAGCGCAAAAUAUCGAUGUGUUAUGAAAUAGAUUGUUGUGGAACACUUAAAAUUCCAGCCAAAUUGACACAGUAGGUUUGGAUUAAACAAAGCAUACCUAUCUAUCUUUGGAUCGAUUUUUCAAUCUAUCGUAAAUAAUUACAAAUUUAUUUUUGCUGUAUAUACCGAACAAAUUGACCGAUCUCCGUGUAGAAAGUAGAAAGUGUUUCACAAUAAUUUUCAUUUUGAAGUUGUUACAUUCUAUAUACUGAGAAUAUUUGGAAAAACUUGCUGUUUAAUAAGCUCUGUAUUGAUAAACAAAAAGCGAUUCAUUUUGCAUAAUUCCUUGACUAGUAGACAUGAGGUAGACACCAUUUCCCUGUAGGUGUAGUAUACAAUAUUAUCAAACUUUAUUGUAUGGGGUGUCUUUGAAUGUAUUAUGUUAUUAUUUGAACAGACUCUUUAGCUGAUGAGGCAAAAAUGUUUGGGCGUAUGAUUUGAUGUUAGCGUGUUUGAAUUGUAUUUGCUAGGUCAUAAAAACCAAAUUCGCAUUUUGACAGCUUAUUUCUUACCACUGUCAUUGUUAUCUUCAACCGUAAUUUAAACAUAAUAGUACUCAUUUUGCUGUAACAUUUGAUUAUAUGAAUAUUUACUUGGUUGAAUGUUUGAUUUCAAUGUUCAUUGAAACAUGGUCACAAACUUUGUUUAUAAAAUAUAUUAAUAAUACAAUUUUGAAGGGAUGUUCAAAUAAUAAGGAGAAUUAAUGUUGUAGUGUUGCAUUACAUUUAAGUCAUUAUAAAUAUUAAUAACAAAUCUUAUCUCAAUGGUUAAUUCCUCCAUAUUCUUUGUAGCCUUAUAUUGAAUAUUUUUAAUGACUUUAAUACGACCUAAAGUAUUAGUAGAAUUGUCCAAUACAUACACCCAACUGUAUUAUUUUUAAUUGUAUGAAAUUUAAAAAUCACACUUUCUAAAAUAUAUAUCUCCUCUACACGCGAGUUAAGUGCACUGUACUUAGAACGUGACUAAAAUUAAGAAUAAAAAUUGUACAUUCCAUACAAUGUUAAUAAUAAUGUUGUUGGGUAUUUAAGUAGUUUUAACUUGUAUUUUUGGGAUAUUUUAGCCGAAUUUAGCCGAAAGAUAUUUUUGAGGUCAAGGAGAGUUCGAAAAAUUUGCAUAAUUUUUCGUAUCAUUUAAAAUAUUCUUAAAGUAGUCCCAGUUAUAUUUGUAUUCGAUGGCAGCUAAUACCUAUGCCAAUCUUAGCCAAUGCGGCCGACAUUGGAAUUAUUAAGUAUGAUCAUCUUUAAGUCUGUUGUCGUCUCUGUCUAGACUAGUUGAAAUAAUAUAAGACAAUUUUGUUACGAUAUCCUGUGGUCCGAAUAAUAGUCUAGCAAGACAAGACAGCAAGAGAUUUAAGGACGUAUUCACUGCUUUAAAAUAUUCGGUCGUAAGAUCUUGCCCUUAUGUAUGUACAGUAUGAAUAUCAUAUAACUUGACGUAUUUAAAUUAUCUAAAAUCUAUUCCCUUCUUGUAAACGAAAGCGGGUGACAAAGCACAAGUUAUGUUAAAUUUGUAUUUUAAUUUAGUUACGUAGAAUCAAGGAUGUUGUAAGUAGUUACUUCGAAAUCACUCGUAGUUUAGUAACUCCUUAGAUAAUACUCGAAUUUUGCUUAUUAAUUACAUCUAUCGCAACUCCUUACACUCGUAGCCCUACAACAUGAAAUAUUACUAUUUAAUAUUAAGAUUAUAUUAAUAUCCAAUUUUCCAAUAAUCAUUAUGUAAGUAUUAAAUAACAUUGCCAGAAUCUAUGAUGUAUGGAUAAUAAUUAAAAAAUCUUUUUAAAUGCUUAUUAAACUAUUUAUUUCUGGCAGUGUUGAAGAAAUGAAUUAUAUUUAUCAUUCUAUAUUUGUAUCGUCUUAUAGUAAUGCUGUAGUGCCCUUGUAUAUUUUUUUAUAAUGUAUUUUAUGGGACAGAGACAGCUAAUGUUUUCAAAGAUGGCGCUAUUCUGAAACUUGAUUUGUUAAACACCUUUUUCACGUUUUGUAUUGAAAAUUCAUAGUUGUUUUAACAUUAACGUUUGUUGAUUUAUAUUGUCAAAAAGUGUUGAAAUUUUCAAUUAAAAUGUGAAAUAUGGAAGAAAAUGUCAAUAAAAAAUCCCAAGUUUCACAGAAUAAGGCUGAUUUGUUUAUCACAAAUUUUAGGCCUUAUCCAGUAGUCGUAACUGCUUUCUUGUGUAGAUACGAACAAGCUUUUAAAGCAAUUUGCUGCUUACGAUUUAACGUCCAUUAUAGCUUGCAACAGCACGAUAAUGGUUACGAUUUAAGUAUAAGGCUGUUAGUAGAUUUUUCAAUUUGAUAAAUUUUGUUACGAGCCUUUACUAGCUUUAAAUUUUUAAAGCUAAUUACAAUGGUUUCGUUUUGUUUUUUAUCCAAAGAUUGAUCAAAUGAUUGUGACUAAUUUUAUUUUUAUUUAAUAUAUUCUAGUGAUCUUUGGCGCUUUAUCUUAAUAUUGUUUUAUUUACAAGGUUGUAUUUGUAUUAAUUUUGCUGUUACCAAAUAUCAAUGUAUGAUAUCAUUGCAUAUGUGUAGGCCGCUGUAUGGGCCGUGUGAUAUUAAUGUAUAUUUAGAAUAGGCAUAGAAAAUCAGCCAAAAUUAACAACAUUGUGCACAACAUCGUUUUCGCAUGUAUUUUUUGCGUAUAUGUUGUUAACUUUGUAUGUCGUUAGAUUUAGAAUAAUUAUAACAACUUUCGGUAUCUCAGUGUUUAUCAUAUAUGUUAACCUUUUCUUAAGUUGUUUGAUUGUACUCAAAUAUUUACUUUAGCUAUUUUUUUAUUUUGUUGUAUCAGGGUGUAAUCGUACAUUUAUUUUUUAUUUUUUCGACGGCCUAUUGUAUUUUUAAUGAAAUAAUUGUUUUGGUAUCAUUAAGAAAUGGGAUUUCAUGGUACGUAGUUUGAAUAUAACUUACUGGCAAGAACCUUAUCAUUUUACACAUAGAAAUAAGAUUUAUUAUUUCCAUGGUCGGUGCAUUUGUUAAUCUGUAUAUCUGUAUGUCCAAACGACGUACCACGAAUGACGGCUUGCUGUGUACGUACCGCGCCUGUUCUGUGAUCGGGUACAGACUUGUUGCAUAAUAUAAUAGCGAUGUUCUAGCAUAAUAUUAUACGUUAUGUUGCGUUUAUCUAAGAGUUUACCUAUUUGUCGGCGAAUAUGUAUUAUAUCGAUGUUUUUGCAAUAAUUUUGUUUUUUAAGGACGCAGUGAAAUUUUGUUUGGAAACUGGUUUCUAUAUAUGUCAAAAUAAGUACUUAGAUUCAAUUUCCUUUGCAAUACAUGAUCUGGAUAAAUUAGAAUGUUUUCAUUAUCAUAAAAAAAAAUCAAAUAUUCCACCUUCACUGCUUCCAUUUUGAUAUGAAUUUGAAAAAAUAUAUUUACUCCAUCGAUGUGAUUGCCGAAUCAAGUGACAUUUUAUUUUCGCAUUUUAUUGGCUAUUAAGAUGUUUAAUCGAAAUUGUUUAGUGUUAAAAUUAUCGUACUCGAAAGACAAUACCCUUCGUUUCGAUUCGCUGUUUAGUAUUAAAUAAGAACAAUAAUAGUGUUUACGUCACUGUAAAAUGUACACUCACUUUUUGGAUUUAUUCUACGUUCUAAUUUUGUAACUUAUAUCGACCCUUGCUCCAUUUGUUGACGAACGAGUGUCAUUACAACAUUUAUUUUGGAUCGUAUACGAUAUUAAAAAGCUCCAAAGAUGUUGUACACUUUGAGUGCUGAAAUUGUACACUUUGAGUACUGAAAUUGUACAUUUUGAGUGCUGAAAUUGUACACUUUGAGUGCUUAAAAUAUACGCAGCGUGUUUUUGUUCUUAGGAAAACGUAUGCAUCAUGAAUUGGCAGCACUCAACGUGUAUGACAGAUGUAGUCUAGAAAUUGAUUCAUUUUUGAACUUAUUUUUUAAGUUACAAAUGAAAACUUAGGAUUGUCAUCACGUAGUGAUCAAAAAGUUAUUUUGAUACGACACUCUUCGUCGAUCACAGUAGCGUAACUACAAAUAUCAAUACAUAAUCCUAAUAUCAAUAAAUAACAGAUCUCAAAUACCUUUAUAUAAUAUAGAUCGUUCCAAUGUACUUGCUUGAUAUUAUUGUUAUGAAACGUAUAAAUAAAUCUUUGCGGAAGUACA